UUGGAGGAAGCAGGAAGUUCGUCCACCAAGAAGGAGCCUGAGCUCAUAAACAGUACACAAAGAACAGAACGAAAGUCAAGCACAAAGUUUCCCUCGUUUAUCGCAAUGGCCGGCAUUAAAGCACUGGUGGGUUUGUCCUUCAGUGGUGCUAUUGGACUUACAUUUCUUCUGCUGGGUUGUGCACUGGAACAGUACGGGGUAUACUGGCCGUUGUUUGUCCUGAUUUUCUACGUAUUAAGCCCCAUCCCGACCUUCAUAUCCAGACGCCUCAGUGACGACACUGACUCCUCCAGCAAUGCGUGCAGAGAGCUGGCCUAUUUCUUAACGACUGGCAUCGUGGUAUCAUCUUUUGGGCUUCCCAUUGUGCUCGCUCGCAAUAGCACAAUCCAGUGGGGUGCCUGCGGUCUGGUAAUGACAGGAAAUGCAGUCAUCUUCCUCACCAUCCUUGGCUUUUUUGUUGUGUUUGGGGGCGGGGAUGACUUCAGCUGGGAGCAGUGGUAGAGUGCCUGUAGACUGUGGACAGACGGAAGGACAGAUGGACAGGUGGACGGGUGGGUAGGUGGAUAGUUGAACGGAGGCACAUGUGUCCUGCACUCAAUAGGGGAUGAUGUUCAUGUACAGUGUAGGCUGCAAAAUGUCAAAUUUACUGAGUAUGUUUUCAGGCUGAUUGUUAUAUUAGGGGGGUAUCAGAGUUGGAGACAACACUAUGUACCCUAUUAAUGUGCCUUAUGUCUGAGACCAGAGAGACACUGAUGCCGAUGUCCCUCUUAUUCUGUAACCCCAUCACUAUCCAACUUAACCUGGGUAUUUUAGCUUGUCUCGCCUUUGUUUCAACCCCCAAAUCACACAGCUCAUUGCGGCUGCCUGCUAUUUCAUUAUGCUUCAGUUAAUCAAUAUCAUAAAGGGAUUCUUCAAGAGUAACUCUAUUGUAAUGUACACUGCAAUGCUCACUGCAUUAUCUGUCCUCAUUAUUUAAAGGGGGAGUGGCUAUACUGAAUUAUGGCUUGCUUAUUUUGAGCACUGUAUACUGUUUAAAGUGUGAAAGCAGGGGGAGUUAUCUUAAUCCAUUCAAUCUGACAACUAGUUGUAGGACUCCUAAUCAGGUAAAGAUGUGUUUGUUUUCAUUUUGCUGCGAGACUUUAAAGCCUUACUUUUUGUUAUGGUGCAAUUGUUUACAUUCUCACCAAAGAUCAUUUUAGAGUGCAAAAAUGGAGCAGAUUCACCACUGAACUGUCGGUGUCGAACUGUGCUAUAAAGCAACAUGAUCCUCAAAAGCAAGCUGAGGCACUUGAGCACUGUUUAGUGAAUAUCAUACAUCUAAGUGUCCAUGUUCAGUUGUCGUGUGAACAGGACAGAGGAACCACCCGCAUCCAUGUUAUAUUCCUGCCGACAACGAAGAAUACUGUUGACAAGAGCAUGGUAUGAAUUUGUGAAUCAUAUUUUUUACAUGUUGAAUGGUAAAUACAGUACAUGUGUGUUUUUAGGCCAAGUGUCCUAAAGGAGAGGGCUUUACCUGCAAACUCAUUCAUAAGUGCCUGCCAUUCACAGUGUAUAUUUUGAUUAAUAGAGAAAUCACUGUGAUUUGGUUUCAGUUUUUUGUCUUUCAUCAUCAGAGGAUGAAAUCUGUAUUUGUAAAUCAAUUCACAUCCUCAUGUUCUAUUUCAUUAUUGUCAGUACCUAACAAUUGAUGAGGUUCUGUUGAUUGUAUGAUUUGCUUACUUCAUAGAGACUAUCACAGAAUUUCCAGUUAGUGUCCUAUACAAUUUCUUAUUUCCUAAUUUGCUUUACAGGGCAAAAUGUUUUACUGUAUGUCUCACAACUGACAUGUUCAUUAACAAAAGCUUGUUCAUUGUGACUCCCAUACCCACACUAAUGAGUGCUGAAGAGCUCUCAGAUGUUAUUUUAUAAGCUCCUGACUGCAUUUUGUUUUCUAACAUUGAUUAAAACUCUCUGUAUA